AUGGCGACGGCCGUCAGGCCGCAGACACCUCCUAUACAGGAUGCAUACGGCGCGAUUCCACACGCCAACGAUCCCACCAUGCCAUUGAACAGAGGAUACAGUGUUCGGUCGAGUUCGCGGCCUAAUUCCGUUGUGGUCAGUAAUCCGGGGUAUAGUUUCGGCCACGGGAGUCUUAUCGAGGCGUCACCGAUCUCUCACAACACGCGCUUCCACGAGGAGCUGGAUCUCGCUAGUCAGCGCGGCUCCGUGGUCGACGGGCCCUCGACGGCGAUGCACCCACCACAUUCUGCCACGCCGUCACGGUCGGGCACCCUGCGAAAGAAGUCGUCGCUUACCAAAAAGGGGAGUCUGCGCCGCAGUGGGAGCAGGCGGAGCCUCCGCGCAGGCAGCGUGAGGAGCCUCAAUCUAGGCGACAAGGAGAAAUACAGUGCCGACGGCCAGGAUGAUUACAACAGUGCCUUUUACGUUCCCAUCCCAACCGAUAGCAACCCUACAGAGGUACUCGCAAACAGGUUUCAAGCCUGGCGAAAGGUAUUGAAGGACCUCAUUGUGUUCUUCAAGGACCUUCAAAAGUCCUACGAGUCGCGAUCGAAGCUCCUUUUGUCCGCAUCGAACGUCAUCAAUAACACACAGAUCCCCCCACUCUUUCUUCAAUCCGGAGGACUGGCAGACGCCACGGAUAUCUUGCGCGACUACCACCGACAAGGUAUUCUUGAAGCGAACAAGGCCAAAGAUGUGGAAAAUGAAGUCAUCCUCCAGUUGACGGGUUUGCGAAGCGAUCUACAACAGAAGACCAAAGAAAUUAAAAAUCUGUCGAGCGACUUUAAGAACUCCGUCGACAAGGAGGUGGAAGGGACUCGUAAAACUGUCCGGAAUCUGCAGGAAUCGCUGGGACUAGUCGACACCGAUCCCUCGGCAACCUCGGGCAAGGGUGACCCCUUCAUCGUUCGCCUGCAGGUUGACAGGCAGAUCGAGAAGCAAGUCGAGGAGGAAAAUUAUCUGCACAGGGCGUUUCUAAAUCUCGAGAGCUCCGGGCGAGAGCUUGAAUCCAUUGUAGUCGGUGAGAUUCAAAAGGCUUAUAACGCUUACGCGAACAUCCUCAAGCGCGAAGCUGAUGAGGCCUACGACACGUUUGAGAAACUGCGGGCCGGUCCAUUAUCUAUGCCCAAGGACCAUGAAUGGAAUGCCUUUAUCGCCAACACAGAUGAACUGGUGGAUCCCAGGAUUCCUUUGCGCCAUGUCGAGAACAUUACUUAUCCGGGCAAGGACCACCCUGCGGCCGUCGAUGUUCGGUCGGGGAUGCUGGAACGCAAGAGCAAGUACCUGAAAAGCUACACGCCCGGCUGGUAUGUGUUAUCGCCCACUCAUCUACAUGAGUUCAAGUCGGCAGAUCGUGUGGCAUGGCAAACACCCGUGAUGUCGCUCUAUCUGCCCGAGCAGAAACUUGGUUCUCAUUCGCAGCCAGACUCGACCUCGCAUAAGUUUAUGCUCAAGGGUCGCCAGACGGGGACCAUCCACCGCGGUCACUCGUGGGUAUUCCGGGCCGAGUCCUACGAGACAAUGAUGGCCUGGUACGAGGACAUUGAGAAUCUGAUCGGCAAGACCGGUGAAGCCCGCAAUGCCUUUGUGCGCCGCCACGUCCGAACGGUGAGCGGGGCCAGCUUCCGGACAACGUCUGGGAGCAGUGACGGGGUUAUGGACGAGGACGAGGCUGACCGAACCCCGUACUCUGCCGAUUCCGUGGUGCUGAAUCAAGACCCGGCCAUGGCGCCUGGAAUGCGUCCUCAGCCUGGCGGGCGGUUUCCCAGCGACGUACAUAUCGACCGACACUUGCAAACCCCCAUGUCGCCGUCCAGCGGUGAGAGCUCAGGCGACAAGGACCUACCGGCCGGGGCGGCGAUGAUGUCAGAAGGAGGCAUCGCCUAUCUUCCCCCCAGUCAUAACUCUGUCUCCGGCCAGGGCAGAGAGACCGCCCCGACGACAAGGUCUGUAACCAGUAGUACGGAACCAGUCAACAGAAUCCCUCUGGAGCAGGACCAUAACUACUAUGGUGAGUGGGUGGGUGUUGCUCCUCCACAACAGUUUCAACGCCAGGCUUCUUCCCCAGGGUCAUACGACGAGAAGCAAGCCGUCCUGGCUCCCUAUAGUUCCCAGCGGAAAGGCAGCGGAUCUACAGUCCCCACGACCACCAACAACACUACUGUCCCGACCUCGGUAGAAGAAAACCAUACCUCCUACAUCCCCGUCGCUGCGGGCGGAUAUUUUGCCUCUCAGCAGCAACAACAACAACAACAACAACAACAACAACAACAACAACAACAACAAACCGAUAGAGAAGAUGAGGUUAUAUACCAACCUACCGCCCUGUCAAUGCCAUCACCCAACGGUGACGUUGACGGUGAACCAAAACGGCCCCCCGCAACAUCCAAGUUGAGCGCAACAACUCUCGGACUGCGCAUUCCAGGUCGUUACCCACCACCAAACAUCGCUGCUUGA